CGGUGGAAGUUACAUAUUUUAGGCAGUCUGUUUGGUCGUAUAUUGUAUAACUUGGGCAGAGUACAAUUAUUCACAAUGUAUAUUUACAUAGUUCAUCUGUGAAACAGCCCAGUGAAUGUGAUGCUUGACCACAGCGUGCAGCAGCAGCAGCGGGUCAUGGGCGCUCCGGUGCCCCAUUCACACUCCGCCGUCUCCGCUCUCACUAACUGACGUAUUUUGCGCAUUUCCUGCAGCAGCCUUCAGAGUCGGGAGAAAAAGAGGCAGGUCUGUAGGAAACAGUGUACCGAUGGACAGAAAAAAGUAGGAUCCUGGGAGAAGCAAGAGAGUGCGGAACUCUUGUAAACAUCCAGAUAUGUCCGCGAUCAUUCUCCUUUCUGUGGCGAACCAGAAAGACGCUUUGCGUGGAUAACUUUCCUCCCAGUGCGCGGAGGAAGACAGCCUGGGCAGACACACCUAUAGCCAGCCAUAGGACAGGAGACCCUGUGGUGAUCCAGCAGCUAUUUAAGGCACGUUUUGAGGUGUGGAAUGCUGGUUGUGUAUCUGCUAUUACAUUGUAAAUGGCCAUUUUCUCCAAAUUGUAUCGCGCAGUGUCGCCAGGGGUGUUGGACAGCUUCAAUAUGACAUGUAGGGUGUUCAUAGAUCAAAUCAAUUCUGUCUGGACCUUCUGAGAAGAAAAAACAUUUGAAUGCAUAUCAACGAGGAAGGGUAUUUACCGCUAUUUCUUAAGGAGAAACACUACUAGACACAUACCAGUGGUGGACCGUGAGAUACACCAGUUGAAUCAUUAUCCAGGCGCUGAAUUGGAAUAUUAUUGUCAGAAAAGCUCUCGAAAGUGGCUGACACUGUAACGCCAUGGUGGUUUUUAACGGUCUGCUGAAGAUUAAGAUCUGCGAGGCUUUGGAUCUGAAGCCCACAGCCUGGUCUGUGAGGCACGCCGUCGGCCCCAAGACGCAGACCUUUCUGCUGGACACGUACAUAGCCCUCAACGUGGAUGAUUUUCGUGUGGGUCAGACUUCGACCAAGCAAAAAACCAACAGUCCCGCCUGGCACGACGAGUUUGUGACGGAGGUGCGCGACGGCCGGAAGAUCGAGCUGUCUGUGUUUCACGAUGCGCCGAUUGGCUACGAUGAUUUUGUGGCCAACUGCACCGUUCAGUUUGAGGAAUUGCUGCAGAACGACAGCAAACACUUCGAGGACUGGAUAGACCUGGAGCCAGAGGGAAAGGUCUAUGUUAUUAUCGACUUGUCUGGGUCAUCCAGUGAAGCAGGAAGCUGUAAGAAUGAGGAGCGAGUAUUUCGUGAACGCAUGCGGCCCAGGAAGAGGCAGGGAGCGGUCCGGAGGAGAGUGCAUCAAGUCAACGGACACAAGUUCAUGGCCACCUACCUGAGACAGCCCACAUACUGCUCGCACUGCCGCGACUUCAUCUGGGGUGUGUUAGGAAAGCAGGGCUAUCAGUGCCAAGUGUGCACAUGUGUGGUUCAUAAACGCUGCCAUGAGCUCAUCAUCACUAAAUGUGCUGGCCUGAAGAAACAGGAGGACACAGCGGAGGAGGUUGGUUCUCAGCGUUUCAGUGUGAACAUGCCUCAUAAGUUCAGUAUUCACAACUACAAAGUCCUCACAUUCUGUGACCACUGCGGUUCAUUACUGUGGGGCCUGCUGCAGCAAGGCCUUCAGUGCAAAGUUUGUAAGAUGAAUGUACACAAACGUUGUGAAAGUAAUGUAGCUCCUAACUGUGGGGUUGAUGCCCGGGGCAUUGCUAAAGUGCUGUCUGACCUCGGAGUCACUCCAGAUAAACUCUCCGGCAGCGUACAAAGGAGAAAAAAGAUCUCUCAGGGUCCAGAUCCAUCUCCUUUACCCAUAUGUCCGCUGUUAGAAGACGAUCGAUCCAAAUCUGCUCCCACCUCACCAUGUGACCAGGACAUAAAGGAUUUGGAGAACAUCAGGAAGGCGUUAUCAUUUGACCAUCGCGGAGAGGAGCUUAAGACAGCCCCAUCCUCCUCUCUGACUGAAGGUGUGUCAGAAGAGACAGGGGAGGGGAGAGAGAAUGGAGAGGUGAAGAUGGUCCAGGUCAAACAAAUUAACCUGGAAGACUUCUCCUUCAUCAAAGUGCUCGGAAAAGGCAGCUUCGGGAAGGUGAUGCUGGCUGAGUUUAGAGGCACAGAUGAGGUUUAUGCUGUAAAAGUGUUGAAGAAAGACGUCAUUCUGCAGGAUGAUGAUGUGGACUGCACUAUGACAGAGAAACGCAUUCUAGCACUGGCCAGAAAACACCCAUACCUUACUCAACUCUUCUGCUGCUUUCAGACUAAGGAUCGUCUGUUCUUCGUCAUGGAGUAUGUGAAUGGUGGAGACCUGAUGUUCCAGAUACAGCGUUCACGCAAAUUCGAUGAAGCUCGUUCCCGGUUUUAUGCUGCUGAGAUGACCUCUGCCCUCAUGUUCCUGCACCAGAAUGGUGUCAUUUACAGGGAUUUGAAACUAGACAACAUUCUGUUGGACGCUGAAGGUCACUGUAAGCUAGCAGACUUUGGUAUGUGUAAGGAGGGCAUUCUGGAUGGCAUCACGACCACAACAUUUUGUGGCACGCCAGAUUAUAUUGCCCCUGAGAUCUUGCAGGAACUCGAGUACGGGCCAUCAGUUGACUGGUGGGCUUUAGGUGUACUCAUGUAUGAGAUGAUGGCUGGUCAGCCUCCAUUUGAAGCAGAUAAUGAGGACGACCUUUUUGAGUCCAUUCUCCAUGAUGACGUCCUUUAUCCUGUGUGGCUCAGCAAAGAGGCCGUCAGCAUUCUUAGAGCAUUCAUGACGAAAAGCCCAAGUAAGCGGCUGGGUUGUGUGGUUUCCCAAGGACUGGAGGAAGCUAUUAAAGUGCAUCCGUUCUUUAAAGAGAUUGACUGGGUACUUCUGGAACAGAGGAAGGUCAAGCCACCAUUUAAACCCCGCAUUAAAACCAAAAGGGACGUGAACAAUUUUGACCAGGACUUCACCCGCGAGGAGCCGGUUCUCACACCAGUAGAAGACGCCAUCAUUAAACAGAUCAACCAGGAUGAGUUCAAGGGCUUCUCCUAUUAUGCAGAGGAGACCCUGUCUUAAUACGAAAUCCUCCAUAUUUAAUGGAUGCAUAACACUGAGAUGUACUUAUGAGUGCCCCUGAGCCACAAAGAGAGAGGCUUUCUAGUGUGACAUCACUAAAGCAGUUUGAAGAUGGAUAAAUCUCAUUAGAAUCGAAUGGAAGGCCAUUUUCCUUUUCAUUUCUCCUCUGCUUCAUCCCUCUUCAAACAGAUCCUUAGAAUCAACACUUAAACGCAAGCACUCAUGCUUCUUGUCCAUUUUAUAAUGCAAAACCCAAAUAUAAAGAACCAAUGAUUGUAUUUGACAUGUGACGAGUUGGGAGUUUAAAGCACUCUAAUUUGCGAUCUGAUCACACGAUUGUCUGUCUGCCAGUGAUUGGAGGGUACCGGGAACGUGUGUGAUGCACAAAACUGCCUUUGAUGUGACCACCUCGAAACAGCAGUGUUGACAAGUGUUGUGAGAGUGGAUGUGUGUUUGCCUACAGUAUGAACUGGAGUGUGUGGACAACUGUAUGUCUUGUUGCUAGGAUGUUGAAAUUGUGGAUUUCUCUGCAAUGCAACGACACCCACAUCUCUCUCUCUCCUCUUCUUACAUAUUCUGAUUACACUGAUUAUUAACCUGUGAACUAAUAGCCUAAUCAUCUAUUGUAUAUGCCUAUGAUAUUAUUAUGUAUUACUAGAAUGUGAGAAACUGUUACAGUAUGUGCAAUAUUUAAUGUGUGUAUUUUGGUCAAGCGUUCCAAGUUUUUUCGCCAUCUCACAUUCUGAAUCAUUGUUUCUAAAUAUAACAAUUUCUUUCAGUCUUUCUAAUCCUGGCUGCCGAUAGGCCAAUUAUCAUGAAGCUUGGCUACUUAGGUUGUCAUGUGAUAUCCAGGUCAGGUCUUUUUUUUCAGUGCCGUUACAGCUUUGGUCUUUCGUACAAUCUGUUAGAAAAGAAACAAAAACAUUAAUCUGCUAUGGCAAAAAGAAAAACACGUGCAAAUGAUCUUCCAUUCAAAACAUAGCACAAUUGAAGCACCCUUAACUUUUACCCUCAUUUAUUCUUUCCCUGUCCAAGACCUGUAGCAUAGUAAUGCAACAUGUGUCCGAAAAUAUUGGAUAUAAUUUACUCAAAAUGAAAAAUUGUUAGAUGUUAGAUGAAUGCAUUUGCAAAACAUUAAGCAUUAUUUUUAGCCUGAUUUUGCUUCAUUUGUGCAUCUUGGGAUUUUCAGCGAUAUGAUUGCUUUUUAAGGGUAAAGUGUGCAAUUUCUGCACUACUAACAUCACCAAACCAAAUUGAAAAAUACUGUAUUUAAACUGGUUUCUUGAACACUUCCUGUCUGCCAUUGGUUUAACAAAAAGGUAGUCUCACCCCAAAAUCAUGCCAUUGGUUGAGUCUUGCUGCUGUAUCGGACUGGUUGAAAUGCUGGAAACAGAGCAAUGUUUUGAUAGCGCCACAAACUCACAGUUUUAACACUUAUCAGGGAUAUCAACCUACAAAUGGCUUUUCAUAGCUCUCUCUCUCUCUCUCUCUCUCUCUCUCUCUCUCUGUGCAUAUUAAGCUGUCAAUGAGAUAUGAGGUCUAAUAUGAAAAAAUUACACACUUCACAUUUAAAGCAUGUUUGCCCUCAAUUGUGCACUCCUUAACUGGCGUCUGUUGGCCCUCACCGGGUCUGGAUGGAGUCUAAGAACAGGAGAGUCACACUAAUUCUCCUGCCUAAUACCUGUGCCCUGAUGCACAUUUCAAUCUUAGUUUGGACUUCAUGAGUGAUAUGGGCUGUUUUGUGUGGUUAUUUAGUUUUAUUUUUUAGAAGACUAUAUAGGAAACACAUUUACAUUUUUAAGUGAAAUAAAUAUAAAAACACAUGGAUAAAGUUCCUCUUUGGUCAAACUUGAGUCUGUGUAUCACAAAAGAAUGCAUAUUUGUACAUACAGAGGUACAGUGCAUAUUAAUAUAAGUGAUAAUAUUAAGUUAUAUAACUGUAAGUAUCAUUAAUGCAUCUGUUUUUCUUUUUAUUGUAUUGUGCAGCUUCCUAUGUCUUAAGACAUGAAUGUUAUUUUUUUUAUUAUUAUUUGACACCUUUGCCAUUCAUCACUGUCAUGUCAUUACACAUGUUACUGUGUGCCGUAUGUACUGUACUCAAAGGAUGUGGAUGUGCUUUAUUUUGUUUGUAACCUAUUAAAUAAGAUGUCAAA